CCCGUCAUCCCUGUUUCCGCUUUCUCCCGGCGCUUUGGUUUUUCCACCUCCGAAGCAUUUCGCGCGUCCCGGGCUCGGUGACGUCAUCUCUCUGCGCUGUACGGCCACCCGCCGGUGGAGGAAGGAACGGCUCAGCCGCCCUUCGCUGCCUUUGUUGGGCUCUUACUGCUUCUCCGGAUCAUGGCGCCGUCUCUAUGGAAGGGGCUGGUGGGCAUCGGCCUCUUCGCCCUAGCCCACGCGGCCUUCUCCGCCGCGCAGCAUCGUUCUUAUAUGCGAUUAACAGAAAAGGAAGACGAAUCACUGCCAAUAGAUAUAGUUCUUCAGACACUUCUGGCCUUUGCAGUUACCUGUUAUGGUAUAGUUCAUAUUGCAGGGGAAUUUAAAGACAUGGAUGCCACUUCAGAACUAAAAAAUAAGACAUUUGACACGUUAAGGAAUCACCCAUCAUUUUACGUAUUUAAUCAUCGUGGUCGAGUACUAUUCCGGCCUUCGGACGCAGUGAACUCUUCAAAUCAAGAUGCAUUGUCCUCUAAUACAUCAUUGAAGUUACGAAAACUUGAAUCACUGCGUCGCUAAGAUUUUUACAAAUUAUGGUAACAGGACAGGACACAGAGCUGGAAUAUUGGAGUUUGGGGUAUCAAACACUCCCCACAUCAGUAUUUAUAAUGAAAUUUCAGAACUAAGUUAAAAAAAGUCCAGGGCCCUUGUUUGUACACUGUUAAUCAAACCAUUAACACAAUGUAAGUUAUCUGUGAAAUGAAUCUGAUCUUUCUGAGGGAAUUCUUAUUUUCUUUAAAAUAAAGCCACAGCUUGUUUGGGGCUGGGGAGAGACUUACGCGGUCGAGUAUGUGCUAAGGACCUGAGUUCGAUCCCCAGUACUCGCCUCUCCCCCCCUCCCCCCGGUACUGCAUGGCCCUUCUGAGCACUGCUGGGUAUGGUUCUUAUAAAUAUAUAAAGGAAAAUCAAAAGUCAUAUCUUUUGUAAAAGUCACUGUUUUGAACAUGUUUCUUUGAAAAAUGUUAAUGAUUUUCAUGACUAUUUAUUUUCUUAGAUCUUUUGCACUUCGGGUUUUAGGGUCCUUUGGGAAAUGAUAUGACUACUGCAUUUUGCAGCAUGAAUGACAGUGAACAUGGUCUUCAGUUUUUAACUGCAAACGGACUUCUCUAAAGGGGCCCAAAUGGUGACUUGCCAGUUUUUCCUAUGCGCCCUCAAAAGAGCUCUGGCUCUGCUUCAGCAGAUGUUUGCCAGUUAUUAAUUAUUCAUGACCUUUCUCUCGACCCUGAGGUCAUAGCCCUUCUAACAUUGGCUGUCUUGUGUCAUCACUUCUGGGGUUCUGUGUGCAGUGAGCAAUUUUUGAGUCAAGAGAUUCUUUGUCAUAACAAAUGUAAUGAAUGAAUUCAACUUGUUAUAAAGCGACCGUGCUUUCUUCAUUUGUAUGUAAAAUGUUCCUUAAAUGAUUAUGUAGUAUAAGAAUAGUUGGAGAUAGACCAAAAGGACUGUAAUGAUAUAAUGAUCCUGCCUGUGUAAAAGAAUAAUAAUCACUAUGAGAAAACUGAUUACUUACCCUUAGCCAGUUUUAACUUAUUCAAAGUUUCUUCUUUUAUUGCAUAUUAAACUAGUGAAUUAGUAAAAAAUAAAGGGCACUUCUCAUUCAAAGGUAAACCUCAAAGGAACUGGGCCAAAUAUGUUUUAAAUAUUUGGAACUAAUAGCUUUUUAAUAAUGAAGGUCAUUUAAAAAUGGACUUGUAGCUUCUGAUUUGUAGCAGGCUUAAACUUUUCCAUUUUUUGUUGUAUGUUGCUAAAGGUGAGGACGAGGCUACAGAAUAGGACACGUUUAGAAACAGUAAUUUUAGUUGUACGAAAUAUGGCUGGUUCUUUGCUAGGCAGGCAGUUUAAGAUUUAUUUGUAGAGGACAUUGUUUUUUUCUGAAUGGUAGGGAUAUGAAAACUUCGCUUUUGUGAAACUGUAGGUGUAAAGGGAAUAGCUAGGCAGAUAUGAAAAGAAAAUAUGCUCACACAAGAGUCAUAAAAUGUCCUUACACUUGAUGCUGUUUCCUCCUUAAACGAAUUUCAUGUGUUUUAUUCUGUCUGGUAAGGCACAGCCCAUGGCCUGAAUUACUUGGCCACUGGGAUUUUUGUUGUUCUUUUUUCACCUUUUCUCCGUCUGGUCUGUGAAGGACUCUGAAUUUUUUUAAGAAGUAUAAGAAAUUUGCUGAUAGUCUAAAAUAAUUUGUAAAAGGAAUUAAAAUGUGAAGUUGGAGAUUAAAGUGGUAAUGAUUCAAUCAAAUGACAUGCAAGAAAUAAGCUCUUUCCAUUCGCCUUUCUAUUUCUUCAACGUCUUGAUUUGCAAGAGCUUCUUCUUGGUUUCUUCACUUUGGGGCUGUAUUCCUUCCUUGAACUCUGUUCAUAACUUAAGAAAUCUUGAGAUAAAAUGGACCCACUUAACAGUUUACCCACUUAAUGGGUAUAAUCCAAUCAAUUGCAGUACAUUUGUGAUCACCCCCGAAAGCAACCUGGGGAGGAGGGCCAUUGGGGAUGUGACUCAAGUGGUGGAGCUCGUACUUUGCCUAUGCAGGUCCUGACUCUCACUCCAUAUGUCUCUUCCCCCACCAGACACCCCACAAAAUUAAAAUUCUCCAGAACCUCACAGCCUUCAGCAGUAACCUCUCAUUCUCCCCCAAAGCCUCACAGCCUAGGGCAACCACUAAUUUUUCUACCCCGUCAAGUUGCCUAUUCUUGUCGUUUAUUGUAAAUGAAUCUGUACAGUAUCUGGUAUUCAGGUGACCGGCUCCCCAAAUAAGAUUUUGUUCAGUGUGGACUAAGAACUGUGGUUGCUGUGAAGGGAAGUGGUUCCUAAAAUUAGGAGACAGAAGAGUGAUGACAAGACACCAAACAGGUUUCUCUGUCAAGCUGAUAUGCCGAAGACAUUCUCCUUCCAAUCAGGCAUUCAUGAUAUACUACUACUUAGAAUAUCUUGACUAGUCUCUAGAAUGGAUAUUGAACUCUGCUCAGUCAGGAAAAUCCUGCUAACAGUAAUGCCAAAUAAUUUGGCAACUAAAUGACAUAGCACUCUCUAAGUAUGUCUGACUUUGCUAGCAGUUUGUAUACCUCGGGCCAGGUGAGCUUCUCAAGUACCGUAUGAAAUUUCCUCCAGUGCGUUUCUGCUGUCUUUUCUAAAUAAGUACCAUAGGACUAAUGGUGAUUUGGGUGCAUCGUAACAAUGCUAAAUGGAUUAAGGACAGAAUUUUAUUUAUAAACUGAGACAGUCUAUCACUAUUGCGGGCAGUCCAAAAAUGUGAUGUGAGCUAGUUAAUUACGCCUGCAGUUGGUUAUAACUUAUUUCAGUUACAUUCAGAAAUAUGUAUUAUUGGAGGUUCUAAUGAAUGUAGGACUCACUUUUUUCCAUAACCAGGGAUCUAAGCCAAACGCUCUGUGUUAAUGGCAUAGCUGCAGAAAAUGCAGAGUGACAAACGGGAGGCCAAUAUUCUUGCAAUUCCAUAAUGAUUGUUUCCUAAGCAUUGUGGCUUAUUUUUGAGUGGCAUGACAGCGCCGUCUUGGUUGUAUGUGGCCUGUUUCCAUGAUGUAAUGUUGUUUGUUGUAAACAUCGAUGCCUGUAACACCAAGCUAAACACAUUAUUUUGGAUAUGUUUCUUCUCUUUAAAUGACCUUGCCCUGUCCAAUAAAUAAAUGAUUGUCUCAGCCUGU